AGCGAGCCUCCGGCACUCAAUCUCUUCCGGCUCUGAUUCCGUCGCCGCCGACCAUUUUUGUGCAGUUGCCAUGAAAAGAGUGUUUUCUUCCGUCGCCUCUUGCAAUUCUCCAUUCUUUCCGACUUCUCUGAUUAGCUCUCAGCUCCAAGCUUUAAUUCUCUACCACACUUCCCCGGUAAAAAAUCAAUCUUUUCACCGGAAAUCCAUAAAUCCAUCUGUAGCUCCUAAUGAAGACGCCCCGAGUUCAAAACCAAAACCUGAUCAAUUGGCCACUUCACAUCGAAAUUCCAUUGAUUUUGAUCCAACACUAGUCUUGGAAACUCUGUCCUGCUACAGUAAUGACUGGAAAAAAGCGUUGGAGUUCUUCAACUGGGUGGAAUUGCAAUGCGGGUUCGAACAUACAACCCAGACCUACAAUCAGAUCAUUGAUGUUCUAGGUAAGUUUUUUGAGUUCGGUAUAGCUUGGAAUCUUAUCUAUAAAAUGAGAAAUUCCUUGUCUUCCAAGCCUGAUCAUACUACGUUUAGGAUUAUGUUCGUGCGUUAUGUUAGAGCUCACCUUGUUAAUGAAGCAAUUGAUGCGUUUGAUAAAUUAGAGGAGUUUAAUUUAAAAGGUAGUGUUUCAUUCUCGAAUUUGGUUGAUGCUUUGUGCGAGUAUAAACAUGUGAUAGAGGCUCAAGAAUUGUGUUUUGGGAACGGUAUAGUGAAUGAGAGAUUUUCAUGUUUUAGUGUGGAUUUGAAAAUUUAUAACAUGAUUCUUCGAGGGUUUUAUAAAAUGAGUUGGUGGGGAAAGUGUAGGGAAUUUUGGGAAGAAAUGGAUAGGAGGGGUGUGGAAAAAGAUCUGUUUUCGUAUUCCAUUUAUAUGGAUGUGCAAUGCAAGAGUGGGAAGCCAUGGAAAGCUGUGAAGUUGUUCAAAGAAAUGAAGAAGAAAGGUAUCAAGUUGGAUGUGGUGGCAUAUAAUACGGCCAUUCGAGCUGUUGGGAUUUCAGAUGGAGUUGAUGUUGCAGUUAAACUUUUCCAAGAGAUGAUUGAAUUGGGUUGUACACCCAGUGUGGUGACUUUUAACACGAUUCUAAAGUUUUUGUGUGAAAAUAUGAGGUAUAAGGAGGCAUACAAGGUGCUGGGUAUGAUGUGUAAGAAGGGUUGUGAACCAAAUGUUUCUACUUACCACUGCUUCUUUAGAUGUCUUGAAAAGCCGAGAGAUAUACUCAAGUUGUUUGAUAGGAUGAUUGAAAGAGGAGUUCAACCACGGAUGGAUACGUAUGUGAUGCUUAUGAGUAAGUUUGGUAGAUGGGGUUUUCUUCGACCAGUUUUAAGCUUUUGGAAAAAGAUGCAAGAACAUGGGUUGAGUCCAGAUGAAUCUGCUUACCAUGCCUUAAUUGAUGCUUUGGUGCAAAAGGGUAUGGUCGAUAUGGCUCACAAGUAUGAUGAAGAGAUGUUAGCGAAGGGGCUUUCACCCAAGCCAAGGGUAGAACUAGGGACUAAGAUGACGAGCAUAAAUAGAGGUGGUUGAAUUGACAUGUUCUGGUUCAUGUGAAGUGUAGUCAAGACUUGUGGUGUAACACUCUAACCAUUAUCUGCUCAUCUCGCCCAAACAUAGAUACUGUUGAUGGAAGAGGCGCUCAAAUUUCACUUCUCUUCUGGAUAAGUAUCAGAGACUUGUUGAAACUGCAUCAUUAUACUCAUCAACUGAUGGCAGGUACUGAGUCGGGGGCCAAUAAGCACCAGAAUAGUUGGUGUCAGGGUAAUCAUAGCGGAGAGCAUGCUCAGGCAAUUCCCUAGCAUACGAGUCUUCAAUGCUGUUGUAACCAUUGCCAUAUCCUUGCUGAGUAUAGGGAGGAGGAGAUGCAUAUCUGUCGUAGUUGUUAUACGCAUAGUGAGUCAUUCGUGGAUCCCUGAAGGUAACUCGCACAGGCUUGGCAUGUUUUCCUGAUCUUGAAAGUGCCCUUAACAGAGCAUUGGGUUCCACUUCACCAGCUACCUUUGCAAUCCCUUGUUCAGCAUCAAUGCUACGGCUUUGGGCUCCAUCCCAGAACUGUGAAAAUCAAUGAAAGGUUUGCAGGAGGAGGAGAAGAAGAGGGAACAGAGUGUAGGUAGGUUUUGAUGAUAUAUUUGUAAGGAAAAAAUUGACUUUAUUAUAACAUUUCCUUAAUUACUACAAAAGCAUGCAGUGGACGAUAUCUUCCAUACCACUUU